CACGCACGCUCGUCGGCGCCUUGACGGGGGUCGCGCGCGGGCGUUGCGUGAUGACGUAGGUGGCGCGGGCGCCAUCCCGGAAGCGCGAGACCGGCCUCCAGAUGUGCAGGCAUCAGAGGUGGAGGAGAAAGAGAUGGACCCCCCGGACUCGGCCUCGAGGGUCUUCUGUGGCCGCUUCCUCAGCAUGGUGAACGCCGAUGAUGUCAACGCCAUCAUCCUGGCCCAGAAGAACAUGCUGGACCGCUUUGAGAAAACCAACGAGAUGCUUCUGAACUUCAACAACCUGUCCAGCGUGCGGCUGCAGCAGAUGAGCGAGCGCUUCAUGCACCACACUCGCACCCUGGUGGACAUGAAGAGGGACCUGGACAGCAUCUUCCGCAGGAUCAGGACACUGAAGGGAAAGCUGGCCCGGCAGCACCCGGAGGCCUUCAGUCACAUCCCGGAAGGUUCAUUCCUAGAGGACGAAGAUGAAGACCCCAUUCCACCCAGUAUCACCACGACCAUCGCCACCUCGGAGCAGAGCACAGGCUCCUGUGAUACCAGCCCUGACACUGUCUCACCAUCUCUCAGUCCUGGCUUUGAGGACCUGUCACAUACUCGACCCGGUUCCCCUGCCAUCAAUGGCCACAGCCAGACAGACGACGAGGAAGAGACACAUGGAGAAUAGCCCCCCUUCCCGCCGUCCCAGAAAGGCUCAGGGCAGCAUUGGUCCUCCUGGGGUCAGUCAGCUUUGCUGCUGCAUUCUGUCAUAGGCAGGGUCCCUAAUUCCUGCCCCUCCUAAGAGCAGGACUUCCCCAUGCCAGGACAUGCACCCCAGCUGGGGCAGUGGAGCUGGCUACGGGUGUCCUUGAGCUCAGCCUGGGCCAGCUUCGAACAGUACUUCUAAAGCCCCGACCCCUGGAGGAAGAAGGUGCCUGCCUGCAGGGCUGAGCUUGUCUCGACUUGCUGGCAGCUGCUGACUUAACUCCAGUCUCCCUGCCCUCUGUGGAGUACUUUUUCCUGUCGUGUUGAAUUCUGGGAGAGGUAGAAGGUUCAAGACAGGCAGCCUUGACUGUGGGGAGCUGUUUCUCACAGGUCCAGCAGGCGUCCCCAGGAGCUGAAUGGAAUAUUUUUGUAUCGAUGUUUACAGAUGUUGUUGGGAAGUUACCAGUAAAGACUUAUUGAAAGGGAA